AUGAGACGAAAACGCAGGACAGAAUGGAAGAGGCGGCAAGGAGGCCAGGCAUUUCUCGACCACGCCGUCGUCCACAUCUGCGCAGGCAAAGGCGGCGAUGGCUGCGUCGCAUUCCAUCGCGAGAAGUUCGUACCGUACGGCCCCCCAUCUGGGGGAAGCGGCGGGCGCGGCGGCGACGUCUACAUCAUGGCGACGCCGCACCUCACCACGCUCUCGUCCGUGCCCACCCGCGUGCACGCCCCGAAUGGCGGCACCGGCCAGGGCUCCUGGCAGAACGGUAAGAACGCGCCGCCCUUCGUCAUCAAGGUGCCGGUUGGCACCAUUGUCCGCCAGCUCCCGCGCGACGACCCACGGAGCAGCAAGGACGAGAUCGACAUGGAGGCGGAGAUGCUCGACGCACUCGACCCGGAUGAACGCAGAACAAAGCUACGCGAGCUGCGAUGGGUGCACUACCCACGAGCUGAGGACGAUAACGUCGAGCGGCAGGACUUCAAGGACGCAGAGCGGCUCGUCUACCGAGAGGAGCGGGAGAGGCGGCUGAUGCAGCAGCGACGUCUGCUGCAGACCAUCUAUCUCGACCUCGAUAAGCCGGACAGCUCGCUCGAAGAAAGAGAUCCGAACUCACCGCUGGGUCUGAGACGCCCCGACUCGUUGGGUCACCUCAUCGCGUCGGGCGGCAGUGGCGGUGUUGGCAACACACACUUCCUCACCCUGACCAACCGCUCGCCCAAGUGGGCGACGCGCGGGUGGGAGGGCGAGCGCGUCACGCUGUCGCUCGAGCUCAAGCUUCUCGCUGAUGUCGCGCUCGUGGGCAUGCCGAACGCCGGCAAGAGCACACUCCUGCGCGCGCUCUCGGGCGGGCGGGCUAAGACCGAGAUCGCGGGGUACGCGUUCACCACGUUGAACCCGGUCGUGGCGGUCAUACGCGUCGCGGACGACGGCAGCUUCGAGGGCUCGAACGGGCUCGUGCACGAGGAGACGUGGCUGGAGGAGCAGCGUGAGCAGGCGCUCAUAAAGCAGGGCCUCCUUGCAGAUGCACGCACGAGGAACCAGCGCGAUGACGCCGGCGCCGACCCACUGGACACGCUCGAGUCGUUCCGUUUCACCGUCGCAGACAACCCAGGGCUCAUCGCGGAGGCGUCCGCAGAUAUCGGGCUCGGCCAUUCGUUCCUGCGCUCGAUUGAGCGCUCGAACGCGCUCGCAUACGUCGUCGACCUAUCUGCGCCCGCGCCAUGGGAUGAUUUAAGCGUGCUGCGAGACGAGAUCGAGAAGUACAAGCCCGGGCUGAGUCCCAAGGCGCGCAUCGUGCUUGCGAACAAGGCGGAUUUGCUGGGCGGACAAGCCGGGCAGGAGGAUGCCGAAGCUGUUCGGGAGGCGAAAGAAAAGUUGCGGAAGCUGGAGGAGUUCGUGGAGAAGGAGAUGCGGACGCCAGUGCAAGAUGGAGAAGGCAGCGUUUUGGAUAAGCGCACGUUGGAUGUCGUGCCUAUAUCAGCCAAGUACAGCAUGAACCUACAGAAGGUGGUGAACCUGAUGCGGUCGUACGUGGAAGACGCAAGGGCAGGUGGUAUACAGCCUUCAUCAGGGCCGCAAGCAAGCUCGUCAUGA